AUUAAAAAAUUCUUCAAAGAUGGGGUCAAGGAAUAUGAAAUCGAUUAAUCAACUAAAGAACAUUUGGGGAAGGCUUCAUCGGUGUACAGUGUUGACCGACCAGGCUACGAAAGCGAUGACAUAUAGGCUAUUACUUUUUCAUACAACAAAAAUGGCUAAUGAUGAGGUGAUUCUGUUGGAUUUUUGGCCUAGCAUGUUUGGCAUGAGACUAAGGAUUGCACUUGCAGAAAAAGAGGUUAAAUAUGAGUACAAAGAAGAGGAUUUGAGGAACAAAAGUCCUCUGCUUUUGCAAAUGAAUCCUAUCCACAAGAAAAUCCCAGUUUUGAUUCAUAAUGGGAAACCAAUCUGUGAGUCUAUUAUUGGAGUUGAGUACAUUGAUGAAGUGUGGAAGGAUAAAUCCCCUUUGCUCCCUUCUGAUCCUUAUGAAAGAGCACAAGCUAGGUUCUGGGCUGACUACAUUGACAAGAAGCUGUAUGAUACUGCAAGGAAAAUAUAUACAAUGACGGGAGACGAGCAGGAGGCAGGUAAGAAAGAUUUCAUAGAAGCCCUUAAAGUAUUGGAGGGAGCACUUGGAGACAAGCCUUAUUUUGGAGGGGAUAACUUUGGUUUUGGGGAUAUUGCUCUGAUUGGUUUCUACUGCUGGUUUCAUGCUUAUGAGACUUAUGGUAACUUCAGCAUAGAGGCUGAGUGCCCAAAGCUUGAGGCUUGGGCCAAGAGGUGCAUGCAGAGGGACAGUGUGGCUAAGUCUUUGCCUGACCAACAUAAGUUGUAUGUUUCUUCAAGGAAACUAUGGGGAACAAAGGGAGAAGACCAGGAGGCAGCUAAGAAAGAUUUCAUAGAAUGCCUUAAAGUACUGGAGGGAGCACUAGGAGACAAACCUUAUUUUGGAGGGGAUAACUUUGGUUUUGUUGAUAUUGCUCUGAUUGGGUUCUACUGUUGGUUUUAUGCUUAUGAGACUUGUGGUAACUUCAGCACAGAGGCUGAGUGCCCAAAGUUUUUCGCCUGGGCCAAGAGGUGCAUACAGAGAGACACUGUGGCCAAGUCUUUGCCUGACCAACACAAGGUCCUUGAGUUUGUGAAAGCGGUUAGGCAGAGGCUUGGAAUUGAAUAAACAUAUUCUUAUGCAAUUAUGCAUCAUAAUGCAUUGCAAAAAGUCACUUCAUUGUGCCUCCUUGUGCUGUUGUUUCAAGAUUUGAAAUGUUUGUUUAGUCAUAAUGUACGUUCUACUUGUACUAGUAAUAAAGGACUAGCUUGUGUCAUGUUGGUGUUGGAUUUUGUACUCCUUGUAUGUAAUUCUGGGGCUUCUCCUCUUUGUAAUGAGAAGUAAUCACUUUUUCAUGGGCAACAUCUACUAUCACAAUAAUUACGCUUCAGUUCUAAACAAAUUGA